AUGCACCUACGAACGCUCGCCGCACUCGCAGUCGUGAGCUGCCUCGUUCCUUGCAGCGUCCUCUGCGCAAAUGCAGAUGACGAAUCGUCGAGCUACGAAGUUGCACUGACUGAGAUUCCCUCGGGGAGUCGGGCAACGUAUGGAGACUACAGUGCGGCGACCUCGACUCUCACAGCAGCAUCGUCCAGCUACAACUCGACAACGCAGAAUGCCACCUCCUCGACACGACCAACCUCAUCACAAUCCCUCACUUCCGAGACUCAGACCACGAUCGUCGGUACUGCAUCAAGUGGGAGUGCUUCUUCUGACCCAACAAACAGUGCCAAGUGUAAUGGAUAUACCGAGUUCUGUGGACGAAAAUACAGCAAUAUUACAUACGUUGUUGCGCAUAACAGCCCCUUCCACAUCCCGAACAACGGAGCAAGUAAUCAAGACUUGGAUGUAAUCACUCAACUGGAUGACGGGGUCCGUGGAAUCCAAAGCGAGACACACUACGUCAACGACACGGUCGUGCUUUGUCACACGAGUUGUCAAGAGUUGAACGCCGGCACAUUGGAAGAGUACCUCAUCAAGGUCAAAGCGUGGUUGGAUACUCACCGAUACGAAGUUAUCACAAUCAUUCUCGGCAACGAAGACUUUAUUGAUCCUGGCAACUACACAGCACCUGUCACCAAUUCAGGAAUCCUUGACUACGUAUACACUCCUCCAACUCAGCCCAUGGACAUCGAUGGUUGGCCCACGCUUGCCGAGAUGAUCAUCUCUAAUAAGCGUGUUGUGAUGUUCCUGGCAUAUGACGCCAAUCAGAACAAGAUUCCGUGGUUGUUGGACAUGUGGUCGUACCAGUGGCAGACUCCCUUCUCGCCCACCAAUGUCUCAUUUCCUUGUUCGGUACAGAGGCCGCCAGGCCAGGAACGUGAGACCUCACAGAACCGUCUUUAUCUUGCCAACCACAAUCUGAAUAUCCAAUUCGAUGAUACGGCCCUGGGCAUCGAUAUCUUGGUUCCCAAUCUGGUUGAGAUACAGAACACGAAUGCAAACACCACCUCCGUCGGUGCUGCCAAGACGAUGGUCGAUCAAUGCACGUCUGAAUGGGGAAGGCCGCCCAACUUCCUCCUUGUCGACUAUUUCAACUACGGCAACUUCAACGGUUCGACGCUCGCGGCAGCUGCGGAGGCGAACAACGUUACCUACGACGUAGACUCAUGCUGUGGCACUCAGAUCAAAUCAUCAGCAUCGACCACAUCUGGUGCCUCAUGGAUCUGCAUGCUUAUUGGAGCCGGGGCUCUGCUUCUGCUGGUGCAAUAA